GGGAGAAGUCGGAGCGCAGCACGUGUUCAGGCUGGUGUGACAUCUGACCGCAUGCGUCCUCGGCCUAUAUUUCCCAGAAGCCAACGCGGCACUCGUCACUGUGUUGUUGCGGAAGUGCCGGGUGAAACGCUGGUGUGCUGGUGAUUAUGUCCGCUGUCAGCUGUAUUCAUUAAUUCCUCAGAAUAAUACAAAAGCUCUGGUUUGUGUCUGUAGCUCCGCCGUUUACACGGAAACAAGUGACGCAAUGGCAGCUCUGAAAUACGCAGGUAUGGACGAUACAGACAGCGAGGACGAGUUACCGCCUGGUUGGGAAGAGAGAUCUACGAAGGAUGGAUGGGUUUACUAUGCUAACCAUGAUGACAUGAAGACACAGUGGGAACAUCCUAAGACGGGGAAGAGAAAGCGCUGUGCUGGAGAUUUACCGUAUGGAUGGGAGCAAGAGACUGAUGAAAAAGGACAGAUAAUUUAUGUCGAUCACAUCAACAAGCGGACGACGUAUUUUGAUCCGCGUCAGGCAUUUACAGUCGAGGAUGUGGUGGUGAAGCCAAAGCGGUAUGACGGAAACACGGCUGCCCUGGAGAUCUUGCAAGGUCGCGACUUCUCUGACAAGGUUGUUGUCAUUACUGGGGGCAACUCGGGUGUCGGCUUUGAGACAGCCAGGUCUUUUGCUCUACACGGCGCCCAUGUGAUCCUGGCGUGUCGAAACCUGUCCCGGGCCAGCAAGGCUGUUAGCCUCAUCCAGCAGGAGUGGCAAAAAGCCAGAGUCGAAGCCAUGAUGUGUGAUCUGGCCCGACUCUGCAGUGUCAGGGAGUUUGCCCAAUCUUUCAAGGCCAAGAAACUGCCCUUGCACAUCCUGGUGUGUAAUGCAGCUGUGUGUACUCAACCCUGGAGGCUGACCGAGGACGGCCUGGAGUCCACCUUCCAGAUCUGCCAUCUAGGUCACUUCCUCCUCGUCCAGUGUCUGCAGGACGUGCUGCGACGCUCAGCGCCUGCCCGUGUUGUGGUGGUGUCCUCCGAGUCUCACAGGUAA